GGUUAACUAGUUAACUAUAUUGUCAGCUCGCUUGCUGGAAGGUCUGGCCCUUAGAUAUGGUCUCUCCAGCCAUCGCCUUGGCAUUCUUACCAUUACUGCUGACACUGAUUAUCCGGUAUCGGUACUAUUUUGUGCUGUUCUACCGGGCUGUGCUGGUUCGCUGGGUGCAGGACUUGCUAACGGGGAUCAGCAGGGAAGAGCGAGUGUACCAGUACAUUCUGACACACGCCACUCCGGGUGAUGCCGACAGCAUCAUAGAUACCUUCGAUCACUGGUGCAGCAAAGUGGAGUUCAUCAGCCACAUCGGGCCUAAGAAAGGUAUGAUCCUGGACAGACUGCUGAAGGAACACUGCCCGCUGACGGUGCUAGAGCUGGGAACUCACUGUGGCUACACUGCAGUGCGCAUCGCCCGCUCACUCCCGAUUGGAGCACGUAUCUUUUCCGUGGAGAUGGACGAGGGCAAUGCUCAGGUGGCCGAGAAGAUCAUCCGCUUGGCAGGGUUCGAUGAUGACACGGUGGAGCUGAUCGUGCGGCCAUCGGACGAGGUGAUCCCUCGGCUCCGUGAGGAUUACGGUGUGGAGCGUCUGGACUUUGUCUUUAUGGACCACUGGAAGCGCUGCUACCUGCCCGACCUGCAGACGCUGGAAGGCAGCGGCCUGCUCGGUGAGGGCUCUGUCAUCCUCGCAGACAACGUUAUCUUCCCCGGGGCGCCCAAUUUCCUACGCCACAUGCGCCGCUCUGGCCUGUACGAGCACCGUGUGCACCGCGCCACUCUCGAGUACAUCCGGGGCAUCCGCGACGGCAUGGCCGAGCUUGUGUACAGAGGGGUGAAAUGA